AAUUUCGUGCCUCGCGAUGAACUACGGCAUCCUGCACAACCGACGGGCGAGAGAUGGAAAGACGAAGGGGUUGGCGGCGGGCCCGAUUCCUCUCCAACGCAUCGCGAGCCAAAUGGGCGUCGAUCCUGCCGAGUUGGGCGCGGAAGCUCAAAACAUUUGGAGCAUGCUGGACGACAUGUCCCAGAACGACCCCCAAGCGUACCGCGAGUUCAUUGCAAACCAAGUGAGCGAAGAACGGAAGGCAUCACGACAAAAAUUCACGCCGACGCCUGGGUUCGUGGUCAAGUAUUCCGUAGCAGUGGAUGGACGACAUCAAAAGUUGUUUAUGAAUUGCUGUGCCCAUGCGUGCGUCGCCAUGCCAAAGAACCCCAACAACGGGAAGGACGUACCCAAAGACACUCGCAUGCUGCCUUACACGAGCAACCUCGAGAUUCCGCUUGCUAUCGGGGAGGUCCGAUCGGUCAUGAUUAAAGACGAGCGGUGCCAAGUCGUCGACGCAGUUUUCAACCCAUGGGUGCUUGAGCGAGCGCAGUGGGACGCUAAGUUCAAGACAGAUGCAAUGCAGCUCGCAAGCUCGUGGGUCGAGAAGGAAAAAAAUGUCAAGUUGAUAUUGCCUGGCAAACUCAUCAAGAGCUUGUACAAGGGUGGAAGUGGAUCUGGAACGAACGUGAUCACCCACGACUUCAUCGUGGACACCGUGCAAGACUCCUCUUCAACCGACGACGAUAUCGACAACAACGCUAGUCCCAAACGAAAAGCAGCCGCCCGUGCUACAACAAAUUUGCCACCGCCGCAGGGUAAGGUUGCUCCAACAACCUUGCUGCAAACGCCAACGGACGUGCUGCGCGGUCUCGGCCCGACUUCAAAUCAAGACUCAUGUAACGACGAGGAGCCCAGCAACUUCACCAUGAAGCUGCCUUCGGCUGUUGGUGCCACCAAAAAGAAACCACUUAUUGAAGUGGUUGGCGAGACAAGUAAAGCCCUCCCAGUUGCGUCGGCUGCUAAAGCCGCGCCCCCUGCGUCGCGAAAGAAAAAAGCCCCCGUUGUGCAAAAGGGGUUCCUAAACAACGCGACAAAGGCUGCGCCAUUGUACCCAAAUGGGUCCACCGAAGGUCGUGCCUCGUCGGCAUAUGUAAACUUGCUCCAUCGCAGCAAAGUCAUCGACAUGAAUAGCAUGCCAUCUCAAUCGGACCCCGCUAAGACACUCCCUCCCAAGCGCAAGCCACCUCAAUCGUCCGGCGAGAAGGAAGUAGUCGACUUUGAAUUUGACCAGUUGUGUCUCGAAGCUGAACCAGAGCUCGCCAACCACGGCAAGGGCCCAUUGGACGCCAAUCCGUUCUUGAACGAAGACCUGACCAGUUUCCUUAUGGGGAAGAUCUAGCGUUGCCGAUAAAAUUUCCAAGUAACCCAAAAACCUACGACUGCGUGGUGGUUCGACCAGGGAGGGGCACAUCGAGUGCUGUUGAUUCGGUGUAGUCGACGGCGUGGGAGUUGCCCGUUGCGGCGCCCAUCGCCUGCGAACUAGGUAAUGUUCAAUGAACAUGGCGCACGUCUAUGCGAGCGACGUCAAU